GCCUGUGGUAGAGUCGGGAUCCCUGUGGUUGUCAGUUAAAGAUGGCGGCUUUCCCGUCGCUUCUUCCUCGUCCUACGGAUGAUCUGUGGUUCUGCCUCGAGAAGCGUUUGGAUGACGACGCAAUCCUCGUUAAAGAAGAAGAGGAAUACGCUGCUUAUCUUGAAGAUAUAGUGAAGAAAGGCAAGGACAUCGUGCCCAUUGGCAAAACUAAGGAGCAACCUGAGGCAGUGGAAGAAGAGGAGGAGGAAGAACUGGAGGAUGAGGAAGAUUCCGCCGAGGAGCUAGAGGAGGAGACGGAUGAGUAUGAGAGCCCCCCUAGCAGUCCUAGCCCUGGACCAGAGUCGGUAGAAGGGGAGGUUGAAAUGAUGGAUCUGAGCUUCAUGUGAAAAAGAUGCUGAAGUAGUCAAGGGGCCAAACAGAACCAGGGAAGAGCCAAGAAUGGAACUCUUAAUGGAAUAGCUAAAACAGGCUGUGAUACCUAUGAUGUAAAAGAAAUAAGAGAUCUGCAGUGUAGCAAAUUGUAACUGGGUUUGCUUAAAGUUUAAUCUCCAUGUUAACAAUUAAAAAAGCCUUGAAUGAUAGCAGGCAAUAAGUAGACCAGGAUGUAAAUCAAUAUUAGGUCUAUGAGGCUUUCAACCACUUUUAGGCCAGCCCCCAUUCACUUUGUGUAGGCUCUAUUUCCAGUGGAUAUCAGGCGUUUUGCGGUCAUACACAAAAACAGCUUACUGUACCAGAAAGCAGUGUUUUCAUGUUGAAUUGUUUUUGAAAAAUCACUAGAUUUUACACUUGCAUAGAAUGUUAUAAGCUCUGCACCAUAAGCAAUUCCUACCUAUGUUCUUGGAGAUCACAGUUCUACUUUCUCCUUGUUUAGAGGGAAAAUUCACACCUUUUCAUGCAUACUUAGCAGAUUAUGCUUGUAUUACUCUAUAUACCUGAUAGAUUUAUUAAAAUUUAUUUAAGCUUUAA